GUAACGGCUCGCUUAGGAGUUGGGGGAGGUUUGGGGGCUUAAAGGUGAGCCGGCGAGUGCGCCUGCCUCGGGGAUCAGCCUCUCUCCUUCCCUGGCUUCUCCCGCGGUCGCGCGCACUGCAAGGACAUGAAUCUGGAGCGCCUGAGGAAGCGGGUGCGGCAGUACAUAGACCAGCAACAAUAUCAAAGUGCUCUAUUUUGGGCAGACAAAGUAGCUUCGCUAUCUCACGAGGAACCACAGGACAUCUACUGGCUAGCUCAGUGUCUUUACCUCACUGCUCAGUACCACAGGGCAGCACAUGCCCUUCGAUCGAGAAAGCUAGAUAAGUUAUAUGAAGCAUGUCGAUACCUCGCUGCUAGGUGCCAUUAUGCUGCCAAAGAGUAUCAGCAGGCUCUUGAUAUUCUCGACAUGGAGGAACCAAUCAACAAAAGACUGUUUGAAAAAUACCUUAAGGAUGAAAGUGGCCAGAAAGACUGUUCCAAUGACUGGGAGGUUUCACAGUCUUCAAUCAAGAGCUCCAUUUGCCUUUUGCGGGGAAAGAUCUACGAUGCUCUUGAUAAUAGAACCCUGGCAACGUUCAGUUACAAAGAGGCCCUGAAACUUGACGUUUACUGCUUUGAAGCAUUUGACCUUUUAACGUCGCACCACAUGCUGACAGCGCAAGAAGAAAAAGAACUUCUUGAAUCUCUACCUCUUGGGAAACAGUGCACAGAAGAAGAACAAAUAUUGCUACAUUUUCUGUUCGAGAACAAACUGAAAAAGUAUAAUAAACCAAGUGAAACACUGAUUCCUGAAUCCGUACAUGGUCUUCAAGAUAAUCUGGAUGUAGUAGUGUCUUUAGCAGAAAGACAUUACUAUAACUGUGAUUUCAAAAUGUGCUACAAGCUUACUUCUGUAGUAAUGGAAAAAGAUCCCUUCCAUGCCAGUUGUUUGCCUGUGCAUAUUGGGACGCUUGUGGAGCUGAAUAAAGCAAAUGAACUCUUCUAUCUUUCUCAUAAACUGGUGGAUUUGUACCCAAAUAAUCCUGUUUCUUGGUUUGCAGUAGGAUGCUAUUAUCUCAUGGUUGGCCAUAAAAAUGAACAUGCCAGAAGGUACCUUAGCAAAGCCACUACACUUGAGAGAACAUAUGGACCAGCAUGGAUAGCAUAUGGGCACUCAUUUGCUGUUGAAAGUGAACACGACCAAGCAAUGGCUGCUUACUUCACAGCUGCCCAGCUGAUGAAAGGCUGCCACUUGCCAAUGCUCUAUAUUGGGCUAGAAUAUGGUUUGACCAACAAUUCAAAAUUAGCGGAACGAUUUUUUAGCCAAGCUUUAUGUAUUGCACCCGAAGAUCCUUUUGUUAUGCAUGAAGUUGGAGUUGUAGCAUUUCAGAAUGGAGACUGGAAGACUGCAGAAAAGUGGUUUCUUGAUGCAUUAGAGAAGAUCAAAGCCAUUGGAAAUGAGGUGACCGUUGACAAGUGGGAACCUUUAUUGAACAACUUAGGACAUGUGUGCAGAAAACUCAAGAAAUAUGAAGAAGCUCUUGAAUAUCAUCGCCAAGCUCUAGUGCUGAUUCCUCAGAAUGCUUCUACCUAUUCUGCUAUUGGAUAUAUACAUAGUUUGAUGGGAAACUUUGAAAGUGCCAUUGAUUAUUUUCAUACGGCCCUUGGUCUUCGAAGGGAUGAUACCUUUUCAGUUACAAUGCUGGGACAUUGCAUAGAAAUGUAUAUUGGUGAUUCUGAAGCCUACAUCGGAACUGCAAUUAAGGAUAAAUUAAGAUGUUAUGACUUUGAUGUGCACACUCUGAAGACAUUAAAGAACAUCAUUUCACCUGCAUGGGACGUAUUGGAAUUUGAUAUAGAAAGGCAAACUCUGGAAGAAAGUAGCAUUAUGGCACUUGAAGCACCACAUCAGAGGAAAACACCUCCUCCAUCAGAUGAAACUUUUGAAAUUGAAAUGAAUGAAAGCGAUAUGAUGUUAGAAACAUCAAUGUCAGAUCACAGUACGUGACUCUAAAACACUGAAGCAGAUUUAUCAUGUGAAAUACUGAGCAUUUUCGUCAUCUCAUGCUUUUAGGGAUCUGCUAUUUUUACAGAAUUACAAACUACUUCUCUGAUGUUAAGAGAACUGCUCAAGACUGUGACAAUAGUUACUCCUAAGAAAUGUACCAAUUUUAUUCUGCAAAAAAUUACACAUUUUAAAACUAUUCAGUUCAUCCUGUGACUGCUAUUAUUAAGACUGUGAAUGUUAAAAAAUAUACUUGGUUUACAGUUCCUGUGCCCAAAAGCUGGGGAAUUAUUGCUUUGGCUGUCCUACUUUCUAGAUUUCAGUGCUAAAUAUUUGUCAUAAGAUUUUGAUACUACAUAUUUUAUUCUUUAAAAUAGAAUUACUGUUUUCAUUACUUUGUCCAGCCAUUUCUGAAAACAAUUUUUAUGAGUUGGUUCAAUUUUGUUCAUUAAAUUGUUAAGUCUU